AUGUUUACGGCCCGGGGUUCAUCAAGCAGGAGGGUUAAAUUCAUGUUGCAUCGAGUAGGUAAUGGUAGUGGAUGUGGACUCUAUAGAACUGGUCGUUGUGAGACUACAAAAUAUUUGAUAUAUGAUCUUUCUGGCUAUCAUAAUUCCGUACUCUGGACUGAUCACUCAGAAUUACGUGGCCUCACCAUUUGUUGUAAACUUGUCAUCAUAUCCGAUGGUGCCAAUAGAAUAGUUAUAUCGGCAACAGUAGAAAGGAAAUAUUUACGCUCUAGCUUUGAGAGAGCUUUGUUAUGUUGUCACGGGAAUCGUGAAGUGAUCACAUCCCGUCAUAUAAAAAUAAUCGUCUCAGAUUGCAGAUUUGAUAUGACAGUUCCACUAAUCAGAAAUAUGGCAGUUCCAAACACUCAACAUAUUGCAGCACAUACUGUGACUUCUUCAAAGUGUCAUUUUGGAUUGGUAGAACUGUGGGGAAUGGCAAAUCUGAGGUAUCGCCUAGCAGUUAAUUUGGUGUACGUUUUGCUGCGUUCUUCGUAA